AGGAAUUCGGACCCUUGAAUCUAUUUUCUUAUCACUGGCUCGAUUACUUUUUUGGAAUUGAAUCCCGAAGAUCCUCCAGUCGCCGGGCUUGGCAUUUCCUUUCCGACAUCAAAUCAAUCCAUCCAAAUCAAUUCAAUCAACUGCAACAACCUCGUUUCUCUCUUCAUUCCUCCACCGCUGAAGCUACCACCUCUCUGUAACGAGGCCCAUCGUCGCAAUUUAAUACCCAUCGCAGCUCCUUCCCAUUCCAAACCAGCACAGCACAUGUCCUUCUACGUCGCACCCAGCCAGCAGCGCACUCUUCGCGCCUGCAUGGUCUGUUCCCUCGUCCAACUGCACAGCAAAUUCAUGCGCGAAGGUUGCCCCAACUGCGAUAACGUCCUCGGCCUCCGUGGCAACAACGACGCCAUCCAAGAAUGCACCUCCCAAGUCUUUGAAGGAUUGGUCACCCUCCGUGACCCGAAUACCAGCUGGGUAGCUCGCUGGCAGCGACUCGACAGCUACGUGCCGGGAACGUAUGCAGUCAAGGUGACUGGAUCGCUCCCGGACGAGAUCAUUUCGAGCCUGGAGGAUUCGGGCGUGAAGUAUAUUCCUCGCGAUGGUAGCACGGGUGAAGAGGAGACUUGAUCGGUGGUUCGGGGCGCGCAUUAUUACAAGUUUUCCCAGGUCUCCUGGCUAGAAAGGGUGGGAUGGUUCUGUUGUCGCGGAUUUCAUAGCGGGCUGUUCCUUCCCGUUGCACGCACUUGGGAGUUAGGGAUUUCGGUUUACGUUCGAUAUACGUCUUUGGGUAUGGGCUGCUUUGUUUAUUACGCUGGAGUUGUCCCUUUCUUUUCUGACUCAUUACUACUUGAGAACUCAAUUUUUUUUUUUUUGUUUUUUUU